AUGCUAUCUCCAAAUAGUGUUUACACGUCAAAGAAAUUAGGACAUUAUAUUGUGACCAUUCUUACGAUAAUUGCAGGAAGCACUGUAGUCGCAACACAAAUAAAUCUCGGCAACAGAUACAGGGGGUUCACUAUAACCCAGUUAAUAUCGUCAUACAAUAUAUUCUGCUCCAUCAUACUGACUUCUCAGUUUGUCUGUUCAGUGCUGGAGCUGUGGUCACGCUUCAGAACACUGAACGGUCAGCUGCUGGAGUCGUUGUCAUGUGUGGGACGGCCAGGGUUGUCUCAGCUGCUACUGGGCUGGCGGAAGAGAGGAAAUGGCGAAGAUCUGGCUGCGCGGCUGCGGCGGUUGCAGCACGUCCACCUGGUGCUGCAGCGCGCUGCAGAGCUGCUGCAGGCGCACGUGUCACCAGCAGUCACUUUCCACCUAAUGUACAGUGUUGUCGGCAUCAUUUAUGGUAGUUACGAGCUGCUCGUAGUGUCGCAGGCACAAAAUCGGGCAGAAAGUAUGAUAAUCUCUCCAUCCACAAGUUACUCUUUGUGUUGGCUGGUUCACCAUUUGUUCGACCUGGUUGCACUGACGGUGUCUUGUUCCAUACUGGAAGACGAAGAGAUGCAGGCAUCGGUGCUGCUCCGCCGAGCUGUGGGAAUUGAAGAAACGGUUCCUCAGGUGGAGGCCUUCUUACGGCAGAUAAAACGUGGACCGGCAAUAUGUUUCACUGCAUCUGGACUGCUGCCCAUUGACAGAAGGCUGUUGGUGUCUGCUGUUUCUGCUGCCACCACAUACCUAAUUGUACUGGGUCAGUUCGGUCUUCGCUGA